UAGGGCCAUUUCCUUCGCAUGUAGUCAGUGAGAGGAGCUCUGGUGGGUUGUGGCAUUCGGCUAUCAUGGCGGAAGUAAUUCAGGAACGUGUAGAGGAUCGACUUCCCGAAUUAGAACAGCUGGAGCGCACUGGACUCUUUAGUCAUGCGGAGAUUAAGGCAAUCAUUAGGAAGGCUUUAGAACUAGAAUACAGAAUACAGCGAAGAAGUCUUUUAAAGGAUGACUUUAUCAGAUAUGUUCAGUAUGAAAUUAAUCUUUUGGAUCUGAUUGAGAAAAGGAGAGCUCGUGUUGGAUAUACAUUUAAGAAGGAUGAGAUUGAGGAUCCUAUAAUACAUCGGAUACAGAGUGUCUUCCGACGUGCAUCAAUUAAGUGGAAAGAUGAUGUUCGACUUUGGCUGUCUUUUAUAGCCUUUUGUAGGAAGUGGGCUUCCAACGUUCACCUUAGCAAGAUAUUUUCUUCCUUGUUGGCCUUUCAUUCGAACAAGCCAGGUUUGUGGAUUUUGGCGGCCAAAUGGGAACUGGAAGACCGCAUUUCUUCAGAAAGUGCAAGACAGUUAUUUCUUCGGGCUCUGUGCUUUCACCCACGUUGCCCGAAACUUUAUGAAGAAUACUUUAGGAUGGAGCUGAUGCAUGCUGAAAAAUUGAGGAAGGAAAAGCAAGAGUUUGAAAAAGCCAACAUGGAUGUGGGGAGUCUCUAGCAUGCUGAAGAAAUCCUUACGGGCGAGUUGGCACGGAUCAUCUAUAAGAAUUCUACAAGUGUAAUUAAAAGUGCAAAAUUUCAUGUGUCACUGCUUUCAAUUGCACGGCUGUUUGACUUUGCCAAAGAUCUGCAAAGAGAAAUUUACAAUGACCUUAAGGCUCUGCACGCAGAUGACCCCGUCACUUGGAACUAUGUGGCCCAGCAAGAAUUAGUGAUUGAAUCACAGCCAGUAGAAGAGCUGCCUACAACCAAACAAGCCAAAGCGAAGGAGAUGGGCCGCCGGGAGGAGAGGUGCUGUGCUGUGUAUGAGGAGGUGGUAAAAACUGUGCCCACAGAGGCUAUGUGGAAGUGUUACAUGAACUUCUGCAUGGAGAGGUUUACUAAGAAGACAAGCAGUCGCCUCCUCAGAAAGAAGAGGCUGGAAAGAACCAUGGUUGCAUUCUGGAAGGCACAUGAGCUCAAACUUUUACCAGAAUUCCAGUACAGGCAGUUGAGCAAGUUGUUGCUGCAUCGCCAGUUGUUAAAGGAAUCCCUGGAGGUGGCAGAUGCUGGGGUGAAAUUGUUCAAAAAAUCAGUGGAGAUGUGGCAGGUGAAGCUGGAGGCCCUGAUUAUGUCAGAGAGCCACGAGAUGUCCAAGGGUUUUGAGCAAGCCUUUGAGUACCUGAAACCUCAGAUUUGCCUUCUUCCAUUGUGGCUUACUUGGGCCCAGUGGAGUGAAGAUGCCGGAAAGCAAGAAGAAACUGAAGCAAUCUAUAAGAGAGCUAUCUUUGAUCUCCCAGGAGCUGACUCAGUCCCUGUGAAGGAAAUGUACCUGAAUUGGGCUUAUCGAAGUGGUGGUUACAAAAAGGCCAGAGAUGUGUUUAAAAGUUUACAGGAAAACCGUCCAUUUUCAGUUGAUUUUUUUAGGAAGAUGAUCCAGUUUGAGAAGGAGCAAGAAUCCUGUAAGAUGGAGAACUUAAGAGAGUAUUAUGAGAGGGCUUUGAGAGAAUUUGGAACAAAAGAUUCUGAUCUCUGGAUGGAUUACAUCAAAGAAGAAUUGAACCACCCGCUUGGUAGACCUGAGAACUGUGGACAGAUUUAUUGGCGACCUGAGAACUGCGGACAGUCAGUAGAGCAGUUUAUGACUCAACAUGCUUUGUAUCAAGCCGGCCGUUUGUGAAAAGAGGAAGAGCACAGUCACCUUUGUGAAAUAGUGCUAUAAGCCCUCUGGGCAGAUUUGUUUUAUGCAGUCAUCUGCAGUUUGCUGAGAUAGUGUCUCGUUUUGAGGCCUGCUUUAAUUUUGUUGACGUGUUAAUCUUGAAUUCCAGAAAAGAGAGCUGCUGUUUAAUGGCCAGAAGCCAGUUGUUAAGGCCAGACCUAUGGAGAUCCCCAAAUGUUUUUCAGAAUACAUGGAAACGAUGUAACUGAUCUUGUUUUACUACACCUUGUCAGGCUUGAGUAGCUCUAAUCUAGACCUCAGGUUCAGUUAAAAUGGAGAGGAAAAUACAGUUCUGUUUAUUUUCUCCUUAUAAAAGUAUAUGUGGUGUGCAUUUAGUGUAAAAGUAUGGAGGGGACAGAGUAAUGUUGCAGUCUUGUCAUCUGGACUUAAACUCACUGGUAUGAUUUCCUUUGUUAGAAUUGGAUUUAUACUGUUAGAUCAUUUAUUCAUUCGUUCAUUGAGUCCCUGUCGUGGGCAAGAAAGAAGACAAGCUUUUGGGAUGGAAGUGGGGGUUAAAGGAAUAGAGCUGAUGUCCUGAGUUGGUUGAAGCAGCAGAAUAGGAUGCUAGGUAUUAGGGGGAAAGUUGUCCUUUAAGAAGAUUAUAAGAAAUUACAAAAGUGUUUUUGUCUCUGGGACUGAUCUGGAGAGAAAUGUUUGCACUGCAGAGACCCAGUAACAAGGAAA